AUGCGCAAGCAGCAGGUCCACGAACAACUGCAAAACGGAGGAGAGAGGCGUGGACCAGCGGCGGCGGAGGAGGGAAAGCGGCAUUGGAGCAAGGGUAUAACGGUGGAGGUCAUGGAGCUCCGGGAAGGGUUUGGCGGGCGGCCUGGGAGGAGUUGCAAUGGCAUCGGCGAGAGAGAAAACAGAUGCAAAGAAAGAGGAAGGGUGGAGAAGCGGGGUCCCGAAGGAGUUUUGGGUAGGCCGGGGAUGUUGGAGUCCUAUUUGGUGUUAUCCAGACUCUCGCAAAGCCUUCCUAGUUUGCUUCCAAUUUACGGAAAAAAAUGA